AUGGAUCCUCCCGCUCAAAUCCCAUGUUCCGGCAACUGCCUCGUCCACCUACACUCCUUCUCCGGCCACGCCUGGCUGCUCCGCCGCAUCUGCCCUUUCCUGCAAUAUCCCGGCCCCCUCGGCAUUCCCCAUUUCCUGAUCACACAAACCAAUAACCAGGCAAUCCUCCUUUCCCACAUAGAAAUCAUCACCUUACAUUUCCUACUUAAGAAAGCCACCAUAGAAGGCCUCGGCCUGCCAGCCAGACACAUCGUCGCCAUCCUCCCCGCUAGCAGCAACACCACCCACUUUCAAACACAACUAUCCGCAGGCGCCUCCGGCGCUGCAAUGCGCAUUCUCUUUUUCAUGGCAAGGCCGGUUCUUGCCGCCUCCUAUUAUCAAUCUCUCACGCCCGGCCACAGAACCGUCCUUGUAUUCGAACUCGGUGUUGAAAUUUUCGAAGUCUCUCUGCUCACCGAAGAUGAGAAUCUAAAAGUAAAGGCUGCCGUUUCCGACUUGGGCUGCCCACUCUUUAACUUUAUGGCUUCAGAGUUACCACGGUGUAUCGGAAUUGACAUCACAGGCGACGCUAGCGGUCUCCUUCGCAUCCGAGAGGCCUGCGAACGCGCCAAGAACGCCCUAUGUUUGGGCUCGGGUACCGCGGAUGUUAUGUUUGAGCGACUAGGAAGCAAGGUGAGUAUGCAGAUCAAUCGGGAAUGGUUGGUGUGGCUGAAUCUCAAUCAUCUUCACCGCGGAAUCAUGAGGUGCUUGAUGGAAGGCGGAGUCAGGCGAGAAGCCGUGCAUGAGAUAGUGCUCGCCGGAGCUUCCACUAACAUACCGGAGGUCCGACAAGUUCUUCGACAGUGCUUUCGAAGGCAGCCUUUCAGAUGUGACAUCGACCCUGAAAAUAUUGUGGAGUUAAGUGCCAUGCAAUACGUAAAUGACGUCUCCGCUAGGUAUAAUAUCCCUCUGUUUGGCCUUAGACUCUUCAAUUUUGGGCUUUACUCUAUUUGA